CUAGCGAUUUAAGGCUUGAAGGUUUUAUUAGGUCACUGAAUACUCUUUGUCUUCCAAAUGCAAAAGAAACUGAUGAAUUCUUAAAUUUUAAUGGUGAGGAGAUUGUUUAUGAAGUUUUUCCAGAGAAUCAUAUCAUUAAGGAGCUGGCUUAUGUGUUCAAAAAUAAUGAAAGUGUUAAAGUUAUAGAUGAAGGAAAUACUGAGAUAAAGGAUGAAAAGGAAGAUGAUAGUGUGGAACCCGCAGUUGUUAGUGGUAGUUUGGCAUUGAAUAGCUUGAAAAAUGUUCAGAUGUUUUUACUUCAGCAGGAAGGCUUGGGUGAUUAA